AUGAUUCGUCAACUAACAGCAACAAUGCGCGCCUCAUCUAGCGUCGCAACAGCAUGCAAACUAUCAAUCAGACCAUCGCACCCAAACCCCAUCAUUGCCCGCCUUUUCACAACCACUCCAUCCAGGCCCUUCACAGCAUCACCACCAACGAAAGAAUCACCUUUCCGCCUCUCCGCAAACAAAGCCAACUCCCCGCCAUCCUUCGACGAUGCCUACUACAGCCUUUACCCACCAAAGCGCCAAUGGCCACCUGACAUGUCGAAGCUAUCGCCGAAACACCAGUUCAGACUCGAGCGCAAGUACCGCCGUCGUGCUGCGUUGAAAUACGCUCGGCCGAAGUUUAUCAAGGCCGUUACGAUCGCGCAGUGGGCUGUGAUUGGAUUCGUUAUUAUCUAUGCGGUUCUCUUCAUGGAGUGGGAGACGAAUGAUACACCAUUCCAUGGCAUUCGGGACAGCUUCUUUGCUGGUCUCAAGAGUAUCUUCUCCAGUCCCCCGCCAUCUGGAUUGAAGAGGGAUCAGAAGGUGAACACGACCGGGGAGAGCUCACAGUAG